GCGCGUCCCGGGCGGUUCGGCUCAACAGACGCUGGUGUGCCGGCGCCCGGGAGAGGCGCUGCAGUUGUCGCCGCGGCCGGGGCUGGGACGAGGCGGCGACAGCGGACGGGACAGCCCAGGGUCGCCCACUCGCCGUGCGGCCGCGGCGGCUGCGCCCGAGUCUCCAGGAGACGGCGCGGGACGUGAGCGCCCUGGUACGCAGCCAGGCCUGCGUGGGCCGGAGGCCGCAGGAACCGGAGCCCGGGCGCCGCGGUGUUGAAUCAAGGCACCUGUCGUGAAGACGCCACCAGUACCUCCUACCACUGUCAACUGUGAUAUCAUUGGCCAAAUGAAAAGUGCUUUGAAGUGAUUGAGUAAAUAUAUUGGAACACAGUACAUUCUCUACGAAUUUCUUUUGUGAUUUGUGGGUUAUGGAAAUCCCAAACUUGGAAUUUCUAGCCAAGAAUGGAUCAGCAAAGUUUAGAUUUACAUGAAACUGAUACUGCAAAUAUAAUUUACUACAUAUUAAACAGUAGAUUCUUAUGGAAAUCUGUUAGUCCUACUUUUUGAGCACUUAUGAAUAACCACGUAUCUUCGGCACCAUCUACCAUGAAGCUAAAACAGACCAUCAACCCCAUUCUUUUAUAUUUCAUACGCUUUAUAGUAUUACUUUAUACUAUUAUAACAUACAUUCCAUAUUAUUUUUUGUCUGAGUCGAGGCAAGAAAAAUCAAACCAAAUUAAAGCAAAGCCCAUAAAUUCAAAACCCGGAUCUGCAUACAGAUCUGUUAACAGUCUGAAUGGCUUGGCCUCGGUGUUGUACCCUGGAUGUGACACACUCGAUAAGGUUUUUAUGUAUGCAAAAAACAAAUUUAAGGACAAAAGACUCUUGGGAACCCGUGAAGUUUUAAAUGAGGAAGAUGAAGUACAACCAAAUGGAAAAAUCUUUAAAAAGGUUAUUCUGGGACACUACAAUUGGCUCUCCUAUGAAGACGUCUUCGUUAGCGCUUUCAAUUUUGGAAAUGGCUUACAGAUGCUGGGUCAGAAGCCGAAGACCAACAUCGCCAUCUUCUGUGAGACCAGGGCCGAGUGGAUGAUCGCCGCGCAGGCGUGCUUCAUGUACAACUUCCAGCUCGUUACUUUGUACGCGACUCUAGGAGGUCCUGCAAUUGUCCAUGGAUUGAAUGAAACAGAGGUGACGAACAUCAUCACUAGUAAAGAACUCUUGCAAACAAAGUUGAAGGAUAUCGUCUCUCUGGUCCCUCGCCUGCGGCACAUCAUCACGGUCGAUGGCAAGCCGCCCACCUGGACCGAGUUCCCCAAGGGCGUCAUCGUGCACACCAUGGCUGCAGUGCAGGCGCUGGGAGCCAAGGCGAGCACGGAACACAAACCCGAGAGCACCCCAGCGCCCUCGGAUGUUGCCGUCAUCAUGUACACAAGUGGGUCCACGGGGCUGCCCAAGGGGGUCAUGAUCUCCCACAGCAACAUCAUUGCCGGGAUCACUGGCAUGGCGGAGAGGAUCCCACGCCUGGGAGAGGACGACGUGUACAUCGGGUACUUGCCUCUGGCGCACGUUUUAGAGUUGAGCGCUGAGCUCGUUUGCCUCUCUCACGGAUGUCGCAUCGGCUACUCUUCACCCCAGACGUUAGCAGAUCAGUCUUCAAAAAUAAAGAAGGGAAGCAAGGGGGAUACAACCGUGCUGAAGCCCACGCUGAUGGCCGCGGUGCCGGAAAUCAUGGAUCGAAUCUACAAAAAUGUCAUGAAUAAAGUGAAUGAAAUGAGUGGUUUUCAACGUAACCUGUUUAUCCUGGCCUAUAAUUACAAAAUGGAACAGAUUUCGAAAGGACGGAGCACUCCGCUGUGUGACCGGUUUAUUUUCCGGAAAGUUCGAAGCUUGCUAGGUGGGAAUAUUCGGCUCCUGCUGUGUGGAGGUGCUCCGCUUUCCGCAGCCACGCAGCGCUUCAUGAAUAUCUGUUUCUGCUGUUCCGUGGGUCAGGGCUACGGGCUCACGGAAUCUGCUGGCGCUGGGACAAUCACGGAAGUGUGGGACUACAACACCGGCAGAGUGGGCGCACCGCUGGUCUGCUGCGAAAUCAAAUUAAAGAACUGGGAGGAAGGUGGGUACUUUAAUACGGAUAAACCGCAUCCCAGGGGUGAAAUCCUUAUUGGUGGCCAGAACGUGACCAUGGGGUACUACAAAAACGAAGCAAAAACGAAAGCUGACUUCUUCGAAGACAAAAACGGGCAGAGGUGGCUCUGUACUGGAGACAUUGGGGAGUUUGACCCCGACGGGUGUUUAAAGAUUAUCGACCGUAAAAAGGACCUUGUAAAGCUUCAGGCAGGAGAAUAUGUGUCUCUUGGGAAAGUAGAGGCAGCUUUGAAGAAUCUUCCAUUAAUAGACAACAUUUGUGCAUAUGCAAACAGCUACCAUUCUUACGUCAUUGGGUUUGUCGUGCCAAACCAAAAGGAGCUGACAGAACUGGCUCGAAAGAAAGGACUCCGGGGCACGUGGGAGGAGCUGUGCAACAGCUGUGAGAUGGAAAACGAGGUGCUCAAAGUGCUGUCUGAGGCUGCCGUGUCAGCAAGCCUGGAAAAGUUUGAAAUUCCGGUGAAAAUUCGCCUGAGCCCUGAACCGUGGACCCCGGAGACUGGUCUGGUCACAGAUGCCUUCAAGCUGAAGCGCAAAGAGCUGAAAACACAUUACCAGGCGGACAUUGAGCGAAUGUACGGAAGAAAAUAGUGGCUCCCUUCAGCACCAGUGUGCCGCAGGGAGCUCGGAUCAAAUAGGAAAAUACUUGAAAUGCAUGUCUCAGACCGUGAGGCGAACUCCAUUCCUCAUAUGAAACCCAGACUGGUGUUUCUCAUGGCGUCACCACUUCUGACGGACAGGACGAGUAAAAUGCUACGACAGCAAUUGCGUCUGUCUCUUCUCUCCUCUCCCCCGCAGUCACGGCCACCUGGACUGCGCCGUCAGCAUGAGGACUCCUCUCCCGAACCGCACUGGGGAGCAGUGAUUUUAAAACCUCAAGUUUUUAAACAUGAUUUGUAUGUUCUGUAUAAUGUUCAGUUUGUAACUUUUUAAAGUUUGGAUGUAUAGAGGGAUAAAUAGGAAAUAUAAGAAUUGGUUAUUUGGGGGGCUUUUUUACUCACAGUAUUUAAAAAUGUAAGGUUAUGUAUGAUGUGAAAUUAUGUAAAUUUUAAAUGCUUAUGAAUCAAGUCAUUGUUGAACAAAAGCUUUGUUUCUGUGUAAUUAUUGUCCUGUAUGCAUUUGAGAGAAAUAAAAUACACCCAUACUUACGUUUUAAGAAAUCGAGACUUUGUGAA